CGCACAUGUAGCUUUUGUUUGCCUUUGCUACAAGUAGAAGACAGGAAGUGGCCGUUGCUCUGCAUCUGCACCUUUCGUCUGCAACUCACCGCAUUGUUCAAUCCAGAUGGAAACUGUCUACACUGAAGCGGUUUCAGGGGCCCACUUUGUUUCCAACACUGAUCAAUUGCAGAAGAUGUUAUUGUCAAUAUAUGUUGUGCUGGCGUUUCUACAUUUAGCAACCUCAAGUCCUAAAAUAGUCGGGAAUUGCAAAGAAAAUGGUACUUUAAACUGUCGUGGAAUCGAUAGCGUUGAAUCCUUCAACGCUAUCACAUGGACCAAGCAACCGUCUUUCCGUAUAAUCAGAAGAAGCCGUGGUCAGAUUUGGCCAUAUGAUUUCAAUCGGACUGCUUACCUGACCGAUGAAAACAGCCUUCUUCUCCCUGACCUUACGCCUGAAGACUCAGGAACCUACGAGUGUCUGAUCGGGGCAAACCCCGGGGGUAAGAACUCCAAGUCCACGGUGAUCCUGGAGGUUCCAGGUAGGCAGUACGUUUUACACAGCCCGUGCUCAGUUUGUGUGACUGAGCCCCCCGUUCCUGAGCCACCUGAUCUGCCCAUCCCACAGACAGUUGGCUGUUUCCUGGCCAUAUGCCUUCUCAAACUUCUUCUGCCCAUCAUUGUGGCCCAAGUAUUUCACGGCUUGCGGAGAGAAGUGAAGAGUGAGAACCCCCUGCCUUUGAGUUAAUUUAAUUUAAGUUGUGAUAUUAAUUGUAUUCCUUUGUAUACCAUAACAGCUGACUUUGUGUGCAUCCCACCCCUUUAUGCUAUAUUAUCCAAUAGUAUUUUUAAAGAAUAAUUUUCUUUACUUGCUAUUGAAGGAUUGAAUCCUCUUUCUGUCAUCCUAAAGAUACCUUGUAAUUAGACAGCCCAUAGGUUCAAGGUCACCAAAUUAUGAUUUAUCAUAGGGCUGCUGAGAAAUUGCCUUACUUCCUGUUUUGUCCAGCAUGGCCUGAAGAUCAUAUGUGCCAAGUUUUGAGAUGAUUGGAAAACAUUUGUGAUAGAAGAUGCAUUUUGAAGGUCUAUACAUAAACCAAGAUGGCGGAAAAUCCAUCAUGGUGCCAAGCGACGACAUAGUAUGCAAGCAUAUAUGUAGCAAAAUUCAAAUGGCAAUGCAAUUUGCAAUUCAAUAAGUCAUUACAUCAUGCAAUUGACAAUUCCUAAUGCAAUUUAAUAAUGUAAUUUGUCAAUACGUUAUUCAAAGUGUAUUUUAUUUUGCAAAGUGACAAGGAAAUCCUCAAUUAAAUGUGCAAAAGUUAUAACAAUAAAAAAAGAAUAACAUUUUG